GUGCGGCAGAGAGGAGGCGCUGCACGCCAUGCUGCAGGAGCUGCGCACCCCAUCAACACGACAGGAAGCUUACGAGGUGAUUGAGGAUGCAGACCAUCUGCUGGAGGAGGAGGAGGAGGAGGAGAGGGCGGCAGUGUUUCCUGACGUCCACGUGGUCACCACCGUCGCCAGGGUGGCAGAGUCAUCCCGUUCAGCCCUGCAGGCCGCCUCUCCCGCCACACAGACGGCCAUUGAGCCAGCAGCAGCAGCAGCAGCAGCCAGAGCUAUGGACGACAACUUAGAGGACUGCCCUGUGUGCCUCAACACCUUUGACGACACCCACAGGCGGCCACGCAACCUGCCGUGUGGGCAUACACUUUGCACGCCGUGCAUUAAUGAACUGAAGGAGCAGGGUGCCGUCACGUGCCCCACGUGCAGGGUGAGUCACGCCCUGCCUGAGGCCGGCCAGUUCCCUAUCUCCUAUAUCACAGAGGCCUUUAUCAGGAAGAUGAGAGGUGCAGGACUGGCCUGUGUGGCACCCAAGCCAGAAAAGCAGCUGACAGCUCCGGCAGCAGUGACACAGCCUGCACCAAGGGCCACAGCGGGACUCAGCAAGAGGACACGGUCCCUGCUGCAGGAGCAAGAGGCAAAGGUCCUGGCCGCCAUCCGCUCCUGCCAGGAGGAGCAGAGCCAGCUGGCAGACUACCGGACAACCCUGGGUGGGUGGUGUGGCCGCCAGCAGCAGCUGGAGGACGACCUCCAGACGCUGGUGGACCAGAGCAAGGGUGCCCGGGAGGCGAUAAGCCGCGAGGACUCCCGCGUGGAGGGCAGGCAGGAGAAGGUGCGGCAGAGAGAGGAGGCGCUGCACGCCAUGCUGCAGGAGCUGCGCACUCCAUCAACACGACAGGAAGCUUACGAGGUGAUUGAGGAUGCAGACCAUCUGCUGGAGGAGGAGGAGAGGGCGGCAGUGUUUCCUGACGUCCACGUGGUCACCACCGUCACCAGGGUGAGUGUGUCCUCACAUUAGGUGUGCUUGCACCUCAGUCACUCUUCUCUUCUUACUGACUGACUUUGUGUGUUGAGCACGCCUUAAGGCUUAACCGAUAGGUCCUGCACUACAUAGUACGUGGUGCACGGUUCA